AUGGAGGAAGAGCGUUACGAAAUAUUGAAGGAUAUUGGUUCAGGGAAUUUUGGUGUGGCUAAGUUGGCCAAACACAUCAACACAGGAGAGCUUGUUGCUAUCAAAUACAUUGAAAGAGGAUAUAAGAUUAAUGAGAAUGUUCAGAGAGAGAUAAUUAACCAUCAAAGUUUAAUGCAUCCAAAUAUCAUCAAGUUCAAAGAGGUAUUUGUGACACCAACUCAUUUGGCUAUUGUUCUUGAGUAUGCUGCUGGUGGUGAGCUUUUUGAUAGGAUAUAUUCCGCUGGUCGAUUCAGUGAAGACGAGGCAAGAUAUUUCUUCCAGCAACUAAUAUCUGGAGUUAGCUACUGUCACUCUAUGCAAAUUUGUCACAGAGACUUGAAAUUGGAAAACAUUUUAUUGGAUGGAAAUCCAGCACCUCGACUUAAGAUAUGCGACUUUGGUUUUUCCAAGUCUGCUUUACUCCAUUCUCAACCCAAAUCAAUGGUUGGAACACCUGCAUACGUUGCACCUGAGGUUUUGUCACGAAAGGAGUAUGAUGGAAAGAUUGCAGAUAUAUGGUCAUGUGGUGUAACUCUUUAUGUCAUGUUAGUUGGAUCAUACCCAUUUGAAGAACCAGAUGAUCCUAGAAAUUUUAGAAAAAUUAUUACGAAAAUAAUGAAUGUUGAAUAUUCCAUACCAGACUAUGUACAUAUAUCUUCAGACUGUAGGCAAUUUUUGUCUCGUAUUUUUGUUGCCAAUCCAGAUAAGAGGAUUAUGAUGUUAGAGAUAAAACAACACCCUUGGUUCCGGAAGAACAUGCCUAGAGAAUUGGUUGAGGGUGAUAGAAAAUGUUGCAAGAAAACAGAAAAUGAACAAAUAGCAAGACAAAGUGUGGAAGAAAUCACAAAGGUCGUAAGAGAAGCAAUGAUUCCAUGUUCAUGUACAUUGAAUGUUGCUUAUGUUGAUGAGAUUGAAGAGAUUACAGAAGAGGUUGAUGAUAGUAGUAACUAUGUGUGA